AUGGCGACCACGGCGCUGGCGGACCACGUGCUGCUGCUGGGCUCGAGCCAGGAGAACGAGCUGCUGGUGGCCGACGCCUCCACCGGCGGCCAAUUGUACUGCUUCAAGAACUGCCGCUCGGCGCUCAAUGGCGUGCACGCGGUGCCCCGCACCGACCACUUGGUGGCUGUGCAGGAGGGCAAGCUGGCGCUCAACCUCUGGAACUGGGGCAAGGACAUGCCCGUGUGGAAGUGCCACGUGGCUGAGAAGAUGGGGCCCGUGACGUCCUCGACCUGCGGCAACUUCCUGUUCGCUGGAGCGGAGUCGGGCAAGGUCUACGUGUGGGACGUCAAGACGGGCGAGCUGGUGACGGUGUUCGACGCCCACUACAAGCGCGUGUCGGCGCUGGCGCUCACGUCGGACGACUCGCACUUGAUCACGGCUGGAGAAGACGCACUGGUGCACGCGUGGAGACUCGUGGACUUGCUGGACGAACCGGACGCUGCGUCGAGCUUCCAGCAGGGCGUGACGCCCGUGGUGAGCUUCACAGACCACGUGCUGCCCGUGACCUCGCUGCACGUGGGUCUCGGCGGCGUCAACGCGCGCAUCUACACGUCGUCGCUGGACCGUACCUGCAAGAUCUGGUCGUUGAGCUCGUCGCAGUGCCUGUACAGUGUGUCGUGCCCGUCUUACGUCAACGCAUGCGUCUCUGACCCCAUGGAGCAGCGGCUCUUCAUGGGAUGCGGCAAUGGCCGGGUCUAUGCUUUGGACCUGAACGCAGCAGCGACUGCGGCUACUGCCGCUACGGCUCGUGUUGCCAACGCAUCGACGGGCCCGACUUCUGGUGCCAAUGUUUCGCCGUGGGGUCCGGAGGCUUUGCUGCCGGGUUCGUUUGAAGGACACGAAACGAGCGUGACCACGUUGCAGAUUCACGCCAGCGGUGCGUUCCUUGUAUCUGGAGACGAGAACGGCGUCGUGCAUGUGUGGGACAGUCUGAGCCGGCAGUCACUGCGCAACAUCAAGCUUUUUAAGGGCAAAGUCACAGCCUUGGUGCUUCUUCCUCGGCCGCGACACCUCUUCCGCCAGGCGAAGACGGCGUUCACCAUGGAGAGUGAGGAUCUCGACGACCUGCUGGCUACGCCGCUGCCCGUCGCCCCGCUCAAGAAAUAUAUGAACGCCACCAACGACAACUAG